AUGCGGGAGAUGACACGAAACAGUGCCUCCGCCACACUCUUAGCAGAGAUGCUGUGGAGCGCCGUUAUUUCUCUGUUCAUUCUGGCAGGUUUUCGAAAGAUCAGUCUGGAUGACCUGCGGAAGGCCUACAUCGUCAAAGACGUGCAGCAGUACAUACUGCACCGGCUGGACCAGGAGGAGGCGCUGCGGCAACACCUCACCAAGGAGACGGCGGAGAUGCUGAACCAACUUCACAUCAAAAGCAGCGGCUGCUUCCUGUACCUUGAGCGCGUUCUGGACGGAGUGGUGGAAAACUUCAUCAUGCUUCGGGAGAUUCGAGACAUCCCCGGGACUCUGAACGGACUCUACCUGUGGCUCUGCCAGAGGCUGUUUGUCAGAAAGCAGUUUGCCAAAGUCCAGCCCAUCCUCAACGUGAUUCUGUCUGCCUGCAGGCCGUUGACCGUCCGAGAGCUCUAUCACGCCACCUGGACUAAAAACACGACUCUGACCAUGGAGGACUUUCAGAAGAAGAUGGACAUUCUCUCCAAGCUGUUUGUUGACGGACUGGCCAACACAAAGAUCUUGUUUCACUACAGUUUCGCCGAAUGGCUCCUGGACGUUAAACACUGUACACAAAAGUACCUUUGCAACGCAGCCGAAGGACAUCGAAUGAUGGCCAUGAGUUACACUUGCAGAGCCAAGCAGCUUAAACCGUUAGAGGUGCAGGAGUUUGCCUAUCAUCUCAUCAACUCCAACCUGCAGAUCGAGCCCUUUCAUCUCGCUCUGUGGAUGGUGUGGAACGGCACGCCCGCUAAAGACUCGCUGUCCACCUCCAUACCGAAGGAGCAGGAAGUCCUUCAACUGCUGGUCAAAGCGGGUGCUCAUGUCAGCAGUGAAGAUGAUCGGUCUUCAUGUAUCGUGCAGCAGGCCCUGGAACGCGAAGACUCCAUCAGGACUCUGCUGGAUAACGGAGCAUCCCUCAAUCAAACCGACUCCAGCGGGAGAACUCUGUUAGCCAAUGCUGCCUACAGUGGAAAUCUGGAUGUCGUGAACCUCCUCAUCUCCAGAAAGGCUGACAUGGAGUUGAAGGACAACCACGGACAGACGGCGCUUACUCUUGCUGCGAGACAGGGUCACACCAAGGUAGUCAACUGUCUCAUCGGCUGCGACGCUAACAUCAACCACACGGACCACGAAGGCUGGACCGCCCUUAGGUCGGCGGCUUGGGGAGGUCACUCGGAGGUGGUGUCCGCGCUCCUGUACGCAGGCGCCAGGGUGGACUGCGCAGACGCAGACAGCAGGACAGCUCUGAGAGCGGCCGCUUGGGGAGGUCAUGAAGACAUCGUCCUCAAUCUUCUACAGCACGGAGCUGAAGUCAACAAGGCCGAUAAUGAAGGACGAACUGCACUGAUCGCUGCGGCCUACAUGGGUCACAGAGAAAUCGUGGAGCAUCUCCUGGGUCACGGGGCCGAGGUGAACCACCAGGACGUGGACGGCAGAACCGCACUGUCUGUAGCCGCUCUCUGCGUGCCUGCCAGCAAGGGUCACGGCGCUGUCGUGAGUUUACUGAUCGACCGCGGAGCCGAGGUGGACCACUGCGACAAAGACUGCAUGACGCCGCUGCUGGUGGCUGCCUACGAAGGCCACGUGGACGUUGUGGAUCUGCUUCUAGAAGGAGGAGCGGAUGUGGAUCACACUGAUAACAACGGGAGAACUCCUCUGCUCGCCGCAGCGUCCAUGGGACACGCUUCUGUUGUCAACACGCUGCUUUUCUGGGGCGCGGCAGUGGACAGUAUUGACAGUGAAGGCAGGACCGUCCUGAGCAUUGCAUCUGCACAGGGGAACGUGGAGGUGGUGAGAACUCUGCUGGACAGAGGACUGGAUGAGAACCAUCGAGAUGAUGCGGGCUGGACGCCGUUACACAUGGCAGCUUUUGAGGGACACAGACAAGUGUGUGAUGCACUCAUCGAACAAGGCGCCCGCUGCUUGGAGGUUGACAAUGACGGACGCAUGCCUUUGAUUCUAGCUGCUCAAGAGGGUCAUUAUGACUGCCUGCACAUCCUGCUGGAGACCGAGUCAUCUCUAGACCAGCGAGGGUACGAUGGGCGAAACGCUCUCAGAGUUGCAGCGCUGGAGGGACACAGGGAUAUCGUGGAGUUGUUGCUGAGUCACGGGGCUGAUAUUGACUUCAAGGACGCGGACGGCCGUCCGACUCUUUACAUCCUGGCACUGGAGAAUCAGCUGGCCAUGGCAGAGUACUUUCUAGAAAAUGGAGCCAACGUUGAGGCCAGUGACACAGAAGGAAGGACAGCGCUGCAUGUGUCAUGUUGGCAGGGACACCUAGAGAUGGUCAGACUGUUGAUCAACUAUCAUGCAGACGUGAACUCGUGUGAUAAUGAAAAGAGAUCUGCUCUCCAGUCUGCAGCCUGGCAGGGUCACGUGAAAGUUGUUCGGAAUUUGAUUGACAAUGGCACUGUCGUAGACCACACGUGUAACCAGGGUGCCACCGCUCUCUGCAUCGCUGCUCAGGAGGGACACGUCGAUGUGGUUCAGAUUCUUCUAGAACACGGUGCAGAUCCCAAUCACGCCGAUCAGUUCGGCCGAACAGCCAUGAGAGUGGCGGCCAAAGGCGGUCACGCGUCCAUCAUUAAACUCUUGGAGAAAUACGGUGGCACAAGUCUGAACGGCUGCAACCCGUCUCCCAUACACACGCUUGAGCAACAAACACCGGCGUCAGUUAGUGCCAAAGUUCAGUCUCUGACUACAAAGUCCAGCAGCUCUGGAAGCACGGGAGCUGGAGACCGCUGCCAAUCCAAUGGACCCAUCCGUGCCUUCAGCUCUCCGUCAGAGUCACCGGACUCAACGGUGGACAGACAGAAGUCCUCUCUCUCCAACAACUCCCUCAAAAGUUCAAAGAACUCUUCACUGAGGACCACUUCAUCCACUGCCACAGCCCAGACCGUUCCCAUCGACAGCGUCCACGCUCUUUCCUUCAUUGAGCAGAUCCAACAGCAUUCGCUGCCUCGCAGUCGCAGUCGUCAGUCCAUCGUUUCUCCGUCUUCCACCACCAGGUCUGUCAGCACUCAGCCGGGCUCUCCCACCGCAGAGUUGGAUUGGAGCCACAUAAAACCAGGUCUCAGGUCCACUAACGCCUCUAAGAACGGCAACGGCUGCUCAAACAAAGGAACGUCUGGUGAGAAGAAAAAGUCCAAGAACGGCUCACAGGUCCUGGAGUACGAGCUGACUCAGUUUGAUAAGAAACUCGGCCUCAGUAAGCCGGUGUCCGGCAUCGCAGUGAAAGAUCCACAGUGUCAGAUUUUAAUGGCUAAGUCCAGUUCUCUGGACUGUCCUCAAUCGCACGAGCAGUUUUACAUUCACUCACAUCAGAGUUGUGCUGAGAAAAAGAGGAACGGCAUUAUGACCAAUCCCAACUAUCAUCUGCAUGGAAACCAGGUGUUUCUGGGGAGGGUUUCGGUCCCCAGAACUGUUCCCAGCAGAGGACAUCAGGACCUCUUAGACAGUUAUCCAAUAGCAGAGACUGAAAUAAGCUUGAAACAAGCCCUACAGCUGCAGAUUGAAGGAUCGGACUGUAAAAAAGAGACGCCGUUAUAACUGAUGUCUUCAUCUUUAUUCAUCAUUCAGAACGAGACUGUGCCAAAGCAAACGCUAUCAUUGACUGUGGAUGGUGUGAAGAAGAAGAAAGCAGCGUGAGAGAAGUGAAGGAGCCGUCGGGUGACGCGGUGGAAUACUUGUGCCUGUCAAUGAUGAUCAUGAUGCACACGGACGCUUUUAAUUUAAAGCUUUAUUAUUUAAUAGGCAGUGGAUGCACUUUCUCCCUUUUUUACAUUUUCUUUAUUUUUUAACCUAAAUUGUAUUUUUUGCCUUUUGAUGCUUCGUUUGUAUCAGAAUUAUGUUCAGAAAGGCUGUACAUUUUUGUUUUAUGUUUGUUUUGUCUCGGCCUGUGUACGUGCAAACUGACGGCGAUGUGCCACUAGAGUACAUUGACAAACAUUCUGUCAUAUUCAUUUAAAUCUCACGGUAACGUGUGGGUCAUAAUUCACUCAAAAUCAAUGUAUAUAGAUUUGUUUUACAUGUAGUCUGUGUUUAGGGCUACUGAGAUGUUCUGCAUUGUGACAAAUUAAGCAAAUUCUCAGCAUAAUGUAAAGAAAUGUCAUUCUCAUGACUGUAAUGUGUUUGUGAGUCAUUCUCAUUAGAUUCUCAUUGAAAAUAGCCGUAAGUUCUGUAAUACAUUUUCCACAUUCAAAUAUUCAUGGAUUGUAGACGGUACAACAAAAAUCAUCACUUUUUUCUACUACAUUAAUCACAUUGGGUGUGUAAGAAAGUCACAACUCAAAAGAAUCUUGCUGGAUCUAAACACAGACUUCUCUUUCUGUAUGCAGAAGAUGUUUUCUCCUUUUACACGACUUCCAUUGGAGAAAAGAGCGGUUGUGUGUGCUUUAUGAUAGUAUCAUGGUGCUAUGUUUUGUUUUUCUCAUUUGAUUCUGCCUGAGCGUUGAAGAUCUUCUCUUAUGUUGUGUUGAGUGUUUGUGGCGUUACAGAAGAGAUCCUCCUCCUUCACUUCAUCAUUUAGUCCCUGUGGGACCUGUUUUGUUAUUGUUUGUUUAUUUUUCUGUUGCUUUAUUUACAUAUUUAAACUGUGUGUUGAGUUCGGUGCUAAAUGCAGAGUUCUCAGAGAUGGAAGCUUCUGUCAGGGUUUUCAAAUGCAAAUGUUAUUUUGAACUCAGGUCGAGCAGCAGACGGCAGGAAGAUUUGUGUUUCAGGACUGGGGUUGAAAUCUGUUCUCUUCUUCAAGCCAAAGUUCAAACACGGUGAGACGACAUCUGUGUGCUGCUCUCGUCCGUGAGGCCAUACUCUGGGUUGUGUUUGAGAGAGCGAGAGAGGAACCCUGGACAGUAUUCUUCUUUCUCUCGUCUUCACUUCUGAACCUGACGUUAAACUCAAGCAGACUAUUCGCAUUGAAAACAUUUACAUUUUGAAAUUUCUUCUGCUAUAUUGAGCUCCAUUAUUUGAGAUAUUAAAGUGCUUAAUAAACAUAUCUGCCCUUCUGCCAAAGCAA